AUGAGCGCACUUCCGUUUACUUCUCUUAAAUUUAUCUGCUCUUGUUGUUGCUGGAUUACUUGUCUUGUCAUACUGAUUCGUCCUGGCGGAUACUUUUCUGGUGAUCCUUCUGGUUCUCGUGGUAAUAAUAAUAAUUAUCGUUAUUAUCUAAAUGAUGAUGGUGGCGAUAGAUACUCUGGUAAGGAACCGAGCAAACGUGCCGUUUCUGAUGGAAAUGAUUUUUAUGAUGAAAAUACAGACAUGUCAUAUGAUGACGACGAAGAUGAUGAUUAUCUACAAACUAAUACUACAGAGAAAGGAAGAUUUCUUGGAUCAGUAUGUGAAGACACGUGCAACCCAGAUUUGCAACAUGUCGUCUGCGACGCAACAACUGGGAUGUGCGAGUGCGAGAAAUUGUAUCCCGUUAAACUUGGACCAACGAAAGGAUGCGCUAAACCAAAAAAAAUCGGAGAGCAGUGUUUUUAUCGAGCAGCCUGCACCUUUACAGACCAGCAUGCGACCUGUACCCAAGUGCAGCACAAAGCAGUUUGUGAUUGCAGCGAAGGAUACCACAAAGUCGUCAUUGGAAGGCCUAACAAAAGGGUCUUCUGUGCAGAAGAUCUGGUGCUGAUAUCAACUGAUACGUCGACUCUGCUGGGAAUAGCGUCAGGGAUUGCUGUAUUGACAGGGCUGAUGUGCUUCGUCUUGAAGCUAUUCAGCCGUGCGAGGUACUCGAGGCCUCGACAUUACGCCAACGCCAAUCACGCUCCCCCUAUGGUUUUUUCUAGUGAUACAGGAAUCCCGUUGACGCUUUCGGGGCGACCGUCUUCGCGGUCGAGCCAAAGAAGCGACAGCACCCCCCUGAGUUGCGGGACAUUUCGACGACCCAGCAGUGGAGGAAGUAGAGGACCGCUAGUGCCGGCUUCGAGAGCAGGUGCGGCUCGUGCCGCCGCCAUCUUGCUUAUUUCGUGCCACCUUCAGGCAACUAAGGACGGGAACAAACACCGACGUACCCUCAGUGACGUUGCUGAGGGCUCCACUGACGGCCUCGGUUCUCGUAGGCCAAGUUUAGCGUCGCUGCACAGCUCAGUUUCCUCGGCGCGGAGUUACAGUGCUAAGAGGUUGGAACGAGAGAGGAACGAAAAGGAACAGAGACAGGCCCUCCAGGAAUUGAGACUUUCGCGUCAGCGAGAUUCAGAUGCUGCGCAGCAUCAGCCAGCACAACCUCAAACGCAAUUGCAGUUGCAGCAACAAACGGGAUCAUUGCCAUUAACAGCUACUGCAACAUCAACAUCUUCAUCGACUGUGCCAUCAGCGAUACCUGGAAAAAAAAAGUUAAAGUGUAAUUCCAGUGAAACGGCCUUCAAUUCAUCUGUCGUGUGUACAACAGCCUUUACCAAUAACAAUGACACCGGCAACUGUUCCAAUGUAGUAGACAUUUUUGAAUCUUAG